UCAAGGAUCUGCUUCCAUGGCUUCCGCUGCUCUCCUCAAGCCUUGGUGCCUUUUCUUGGCUCUGCUUUGCUUGUCUACUUCUUGCUGCAACUCAGAAGAAAGCACUGUGGGGACGGUAGGAAUGGCGUUGCAAUGCUUCGUUGAUCAUCACAUCUACGUCGGCUGCCAAGAGUCGUACAGGCUGAACGGAGGAGGGAGGGUCGACGUGCCCACGGGAGCGGCCGACGUGUUCUGCGAAGGGCCGUGCCUCCUGGAGACGAAGCUCGCGCUCGAUUGCGUGGAGAGGACGCUGCAUGGCUUCAUAUUCUCGAACGGUGCGUCGGUCAUGGACGUCAGGUUCGCCCUCGACGUCGGCUGUGGCCACACCAGCAGAAGAGGGGACUUCAGCGUGAUGAAUCAUGAAAGAGGUGUUCCUGAGACGCGUGUUCCUGAGACGCGUGUUGAUGAUUACGAUCAGGGAAGCAAGACGAGGAUCCCAGUUUACUUGAUGAUACUGCUGACUUCUGUUCUUCUUCUUCGGAGCAUCUGAUGCCGUCAUUAUCUUGGGAAAGAAGGUUCCGAUGGCAUGGCCAUAUGAACGAUAAUAAGUAAUUUGGGGGCAAAUGAUAUGAUAUUAUAUAUAUAUAAUGUAUAUUUUAUUUUAUAAAUGGUAAAAGGUGAUCUUUGACCUUAAAUGGAAGGAUUGUUGGACAACAAUUUACAUUAAAUGGAACAGAUGCUAUUGUGAAAGAGAAAAUUAGUAUGGAUAGCCCAUAUCAAAAUGAUAUGGAUUCAA